GAGAAGGGGUAAGGGUCGAGGAGGAGGGCGGGCCGGAGCCGCUGCGACGGAGAUCCCCCGGGCUCGGGGCGCUGCUCUGGAACUGACCUUGAUGAAGUGUGAAGUUCCUUCUAGCUCCAAGAUUGUGUGUUUCCAUAGCCAAGAGUACCAGCCAGCUGUGUUUCAUGUCUUUUGACAAAAUGAUGGAUUUUAAAGAGAAGUUUCCUCAGCUGUAAAAUGAGCUAGAGAAGGAAAUGGCAAGCUGCUCCAGUAUUUCUGUGAAGAAAACCCAAAAGUGGGGUCAUGAAGAGUUGGACAUGAGUGAAACGACUGAACAGCAGCAAAGAAGAGAAUUACUGCAGAGGAGAGUACAAAGAUAGGUGAAAGGCUUUGAACAGAUGUGGAAAGAUGUUGACGACAGAGAAAGGGGUUGUGGAGGAAUGGUUGUCAGAAUUCAAGACACUACCAGAAACAUCUCUAUCAGAGUAUGCUGAAAAUUUAAAAGAUAAGAGUACUUUGGUUUCAUCUUUAUAUAAAGUUAUCCAGGAGCCGCAAAGUGAUUUGCUCGAACCUGUGUGUCACCAGCUCUUUGAGUUCUACAGAAGUGGAGAAAAAAAGCUUCUACUCUUCACGCUGCAGUUUCUUCCAGAGCUGAUGUGGUGCUACCUGACCGUGUCUGCCACCUGGAAGCGGCACAGCACGGGCUGCAUCGAAGCUCUCCUUUUAGGCGUUUACAACUUGGAAAUAGUUGACAAACAGGGACAUAACAAAGUGUUGAGUUUUACAAUCCCAUCUUUAUCUAAGCCAUCAGUGUAUCAUGAACCUUCCAGCAUUGGUUCCAUGGCUUUGACAGAAAGUGCUUUAUGCCAGCAUGGUUUAUCAAAAGUUGUUUACAGUGGACCUCAUCCUCAAAGAGAGAUGUUAACAGCUCAGAAUAGGUUUGAAGUGUUGACAUUCCUUUUAUUGUGUUACAAUGCUGCCUUAACCUAUAUGCCCAAUGUUUCUCUUCAGUCGCUGUGUCAAAUUUGUUCAAGAAUCUGCAUUUGUGGAUAUCCUCGACAACACGUAAGAAAAUACAAAGGUAUAAAUAUCAGGAUCCCAAUUUCUUCGGAAUUCAUGGUGCAAAUGUUAACAGGAGUUUAUUUUGCCUUUUAUAAUGGAGAAUGGGAUAUGGCUGAGAUGGCCCUGGAAGAUGUCCUGUACAGAGCCCAGUUGGAAUUGUUCCCUGAACCACUGCUGGUUGCUAAUGCAAUAAAGACUUCAUUGCCUGCAGUUGCCAUGCAAUCUAGUAAGGAGGGUAAAAGAUGCAUUCAGGUUGAAAUUACACCAACUUCAUCGAGAAUAUCCAGAAAUGCUGUAACCAGCAUGUCGAUAAGAGGGCAUAGAUGGAAAAGACAUGGGAAUACAGAUUUAACAGGCCAAGAAGAACUAAUGGAAAUAUCUGAAGCUGAUGAAGGAUUUUAUUCCAGGGCUGCAUCUAGCACCAGCCAGGCUGCCUUAUCAAACACCACCGCCACCAGCAAGACCAGUUUAGGAAAGAAUCCACGAAGGUCCGGAGGAAGCAGAACCGGAGGAAAAGAAAAAGAAGCCUCCGGGGAAUCAGGCAGAGAGCACUCAGGUCGAAAACAAAACCCCAGAGCCCUGAGUGAGAACCUCGAGCUGCUCUCUCUGAAGAGGCUCACUCUGACCACCAGCCAGUCUCUGCCCAAGCCUGGCAGCCACAGCCUGGCCAGGACCGCCACCACCAUCUUCAGCAAGUCUUUUGAACAAGUCAGUGGCAGCAGUGGCACCCACAACCCUGGCACCGCAGGCGGCGGAGGGACGGGGACAGAUGCCAAUAGGUUUUCUGCUUGCAGUCUGCAAGAGGAAAAGCUGAUUUACAUUUCUGAAAGAGCUGAGCCACAGGUUCCAGUUAAACAUCCACCCAGUCAGCAGAGACCUCCUAGCAUCAGCAUCACCCUGUCAGCCGAUUAGCAUCUGAGACAUGUCCCCACAUGAGCAGUGAAUUGGGAGGUUUCCUUUCCUUUUAUGUCCUUCCUCCCUGUUUUUGACAAGAACUCAAAGAUGUCUUAAAUUCUGGAAGUCAGCUGGAAUGGCGGUCAAUGAGUUAAAAUGUAGUUUGGCUUUCCUUAGCUGUGUUCCCUUCUCCCUGGCUCCCUCAGCUUGAGGACAAGCUUGUCGGCUCCCAAGGAAGUCAGGGUGCAGUUCUGGCAGGUUGUCUGAUCGCUUUGGCCACUGCUGUGGGUGAGGCUGCCUCUUUUGGUUGGCUGUAUUUCGACCUUCAACGUAGAGGGAUGUUAUUGGUUGUUGAUAAAAAGGUGAGGCAGUAGUGAAACUCCAGGCAAAACCAUCAGUUAUGAGAGGAACCGUGCAUAUGCAAGGGACAGCAUUGAGGGGAAUCUCAGUCAGGACCAGAGUUCGAUCAGAAGCCUAGGGGCUGGGUGUAUUGUGUAAUAUCAGGGGCCACCCUCAAAGGGGAAUGAAGGUCUUGGCGAUAGCCAGCACCUGGCAUAGAGCCGGAUUCUGCCUGUGUGAUUGCUGGUCCCUUCCCUGUGUUUUCUGCCGCAGGUUUAGCAGGUAAAGCCUCUUUUUGCCAUUUCCUCCAAGUUGUUAAUAGGCCCUGGAGCUGAGGCAGGAUGCGUUUCUCCACUUCUUCUACUUUGGAAAUUCCAGUUAGUUUGAUCCUCUAGUUAGGAGAAUGCCCUUCUGGAGAUGGCUGGAAGGUCACUGUAAAUCUCACAGCAUUCCAGCAAAAGGAAAAGAAAAGAUAUUAAAUGUCAAGAUAACUGUCCAUUUUUACUCUUUUACAGCAUUUAAGUUUCUAUGCAAAUAAGGGAGUUUAGAUGUUAAAAGUUUUACAACUGCACAGUAUCAUGAAAGAAAAUAACGAACAGCAAACUCGAAAAGAACAGAAGACAUUUACAUGGUCAUUGUCAUUUAGCAUUGUCAUCUUUCCUGCUUUGGACCCAUAAAUUUAAAAUCCCCACAUAGGAACAAGUGGUUGCCUUGUGUUUGCUCCUGCCUCCCAUAAAGACUGUUUAUUUUUCAGAUAGUCCUUAUAUUUAUUUGAACAAAGUUACCAAAAUAACCAGUUUCCCCUCGAAGAUUUUUACCUGCUACUCUCUAAAGCCACGUCUAACAAAUAGUAAAAUGUUAUUUACAUAUUUCUUGCUCCCACUUUUCCCCUCCUUAGAUCCAAAGAAAAAUAGACAGUGACUUAAGAUGUUUUCUUUUUAUAAUCUUUCCUUAGGCAUGAGUCAGAAAUAUGAGAAGACCAUGGUGGGGGGGUAUCCAUUAAAGUGUUGAUUUACUUAAACUUAGGUCAGAAGUGAAUCUGUAAAAACCAAAGCAGAAACCUGUGACUCUCAGCUCUGAAUACUACCAAGUUGGGAAUAUUGUCGAGAUUUGUUUUUGGUAGAUUCAGGCAUUAAACUUGGGGUGGGCUCUUUUGGUCUGUGGAGUGGCUAAUGAGCAGAGAGGGGGUGUAGGCCAGGAAAGUUCCUGGUGGUGAAGGAGGGAUUUGUAUCCCUUAGCAAGGAGGUCUGGGUGUCAUUAUAAAUGCAUGGCCAAGAUCGCUGGGGAUUCCCUCCCUGUUCCUAUUCUGUAAGGAAAACAAAGAGUUUCAGGAUUUUUUCCAUAGUUGUCACAGUAUUAAUAUUCUUAAUGAAUUCAUGUCUUUAGUCUUAAUCUCAAGCAGGUUAUUACUUUCGGUGGAGUCUUGCAAGGGAAGGUCAUGUAGAUUACAGAAGCUUUGGUAGUCAGUACCCCAGCCUACAAAGCAUUGAGUAUUCAGGCAGUGCAAGUUGUGGGCCUGACAUCUGUGUUUUCAUCCUGUCAUGAAGCCUUAUUUUGGUGUUAGGAAUAACAGUGCGAAUCAGUUCUAAUGACUAGAGUUCUUUCGCCUUAGAAUUCUCAGUAUUUUUAUCCUAUUAUUUUCAUGGUAUAGCAUGGAAAAAUUAUUUGUUAGUAAAACAGGAAAAUGUUAGCAUGGAGGAUCCCUGAGGGUGUGAAGACAAAGCAGUUCUCACUUCACUGGGAGAUUCAAGAGAACAUCAUACAGUUUCUCUGAGGUGCUAGGAAGAAUGGGCUUUACCUGCCACCACAGAGAACUCAGGGGUCCUGGUGGGCUGGGGCAGAAGGAAAUAAGAGGAGUUUAAGCUAAGGUGGGAGAAGGCUGAUUCCUGGAGACUCCUCAUCUUGGAAUCCUGGCUGAAGGAUUUUGGAGAAGCAGUUUUCUUUAUCCUUUUCAAUUAUGAAACAUUUGUCAGACAUUACUCAUUUCUUAAACAUUAACUUGAAACGUUUUAAGUAAAAGGAAACAUGUAUUUGAACCCAAACAGUUAAGCUCUAUCCCAGUUUUAAGGGAUUACAUAUUCUUUGGAAAAACAAAAUGAAAGCAUUAGCACUGUUCGGUUUUAUUAGUAUGUGGAGCAGAAGACAUAUUGCAGCUGUAAAGACUUAAAGUGACUGAGUAUUGAGAAAGUGAUGCAGUCUGAUAUUUGAAUUUAGCAGCCAGCCUAAAGCUCCACUUAGUGGAAGGGCAAGACUUGCAGAGAGAUGUUCUCAUUGAGAGUUUGCAAAAUUUGUAUCUUCUCAGCUGCUCCUUGGAACGUUUUUCGUGGCUUAGAAAUCUCAGCACACGCGUAGAGAGGUAUUUCGUUCUGUGGUCAUUUGUUGGCUUGCAUGUACUCUUGCUAAAGAUAGUAGUUCAUAAAGGAUGUGUGAUAGAGCCUUCCCAGCCAUGGGAAGAAAAAGGAGGACGACUUCUGGUUGGGAUGGAUUUGCUUUCUAGGCUUCCUUAGUAAUAUUGUGCUCAAUACUGUCCAUUAUUCAUAUCAGUAUUAAAAGUACAGUGGGAUUCCCCAUUAGAGAUAUAAAGUAUAUUUUGUCUUUUUGUACUGUGUAACUCUUUUGUAUUUUAUAACUCCGUAUCUACAAAUGCUAUAUGCACCACUGGACAAAGUGGAAAAUGUGUUGUCACUUUUUUAAUAGUAGAGGACCAGUUAGUGCAAGAGUCCACAUACAUCGAUGUGAAGUUUUUAUUUUAUCAGUCAGAUCCGAGAUCCUAUUUCCUAAAACUGCUUUUUCACGUAUAGUUUCUGUUAUGUACCACUUCUCUUGUUGCCUUUCUUCUGAUCAUGUUGUGAUACUAACCUUUUCAUAGUGAUUGUUUUGUUUUUAAUUGUAUACCUAGAAUUUACAUUCCUGAAAAAUAAACCACAAGUUUGAAUACUUUU